AUGUCUUCUCACUCCAUACGCAGGAGCAACAUUCCCAGACAACCGUCCAUUGAUCCAGACAUCGCUCGCUCCCAAGCAGCAGCUGCUGCCUCUCGAGCUAUGCGAUCAAGCCAAAGGUCGUCGGUAGAAUCCAGAACCUCGUAUGAUCGACUCGGCGGGCCAAACAAUGUCGCUGUGCCUAGUAGACGGCCGACUUCGCGCCUCCGGACUGAUUCUAGCUCUGCGUGUGAAUCUCUGGCCUCUUCAAAAGAUGACAGAGCUCCAACCGUGUCCGAAAGAGCUCACAUUCAGGUGGAAUCCGCUAUCUUAUCUCCUAUAAUUGAGCCGAAAGGACUCGAUGGACGGGACAGCUCGGUACCUUCAUCAUACCGUCGACUGCGCAAAGCCAAGUCGAUGUUCUCGACCCGGCAGCGUUUCCCACAGAGCUCAUAUGGCACGCCGUCCAUUUCGCCGCAAAGUGGCUAUGACCUCGAUCACGGUUCCGGGUUUUCGUUCCCCCGCACGCUCAGGCAUUCUACAUCUUUUGCACGGGGACGCCCCGGCAGGAAACUUCAUCAUGCGAAGAGCCACGAUGCGGCAAUUGAAUUGGCUCGAGAAAGCUUCGUCGAAGAGGCGGAGAAGACGGGUAAUCUACAGCCUUCGUUCUUUACGCACCAUCAAAAAGAACACAAGCCUUUUCGCAAGACUUUCCGAGCCACAAGUGAGAGUAGUGGAACCGGCAAGCUGUCGCGAAAGGCCAGCUUCAAAUCUUUCCAUCGCCGGUCACGUACAUUUUCCGCGACGAUCAAGAAUGGUUUACGGCGUGUUCUUGGCCUGUCAAAGACUGUGGAACAGCCUGAGAAAGUCUCGUCGGUGGAAAAGAUUGAGCCCGCUGCUCAUUCGGAAAGUCCAGCAGUUCCUGCUCGACCAAUAUACGUUCGGAAGCUUACUGCUGAGACGGAAUAUGGGUACAGCAGCAGCGAACCGAGUCCGCUCCGUGUGACGGCAAUCAGGUCGGAUCCCUCCCGCUCUAUGCAGGGUAUACGCACCACGAGUCGGGCAUCGACUGCCGUCAACCCAAUUGCUGCUGAGCAGUAUAGUCAGUCCUUUCCUCUGGUUGAAGGGCAUGGAGACUUGAACACACAACUUGUUGCUUCUGGGGAAGCCACUCUGGCCCCUUGUGACCAACCUGCUCGUCUAAUCUUCGAUGGCUUGAUUAACACUCAUGAUUUAUAUACAGCUCUGGUCCGUCGUCAGCUUGAGCGCGCAGCGCAAUGUGCUAACGAAGAGAUUGUAUAUGGAAAUGUCCCGGAGCACAGGGCUAUACCUGAGCGCGCUUCCUCUGUCUAUUCUCAACGGAGCAGGCGUACGGUUCGCACAGUCCGCCGAGUUCCCAGCACUGAAUCAUCGGCCUCGCCUCGUUCCUUUGCAACUGCCCGGGUGGACUCUUCCUCGCCUACUAAACUGCAGCAUGCCGCUCGAUAUACGCCCCAGUCUCUCUACGUACCAAACAACGAGAAAACCGGCCCGUCCAGUGCCGUCGUGGAACCAGUAUCACCACAGUCUGCGUUUAUCGUUCAAGACUCGGAUGAAGACACAGAAAGUGUGGUCGCUCGCCUGUCACCAAGACCCGAGUCAGUGUCGCCCACUAGUCUCUACUCUCGAACAACCAGUGGUAAAACACCACUUGCUUCCACAGUCUCGUUGAAGCGAGAUGUAGGCACAGUCACUAUUAUUUCGUCUGAACGCAGCGCUUAUGCGUCUCCAACUCGUCCCUGCGAGGCUAAGUCAAACCUUCAGCCAAGCGCCGACUGGCAGAAGUGGUUCAGCUCGGAGAUCGAUAAAAUCGAGAUGACUUAUCCUACACGUGGACAUGUUCGAGAAGAAGCCCAGAUGCAGGAUGACGAGGAAGAAAUCACACAGAUACUCCGGCAAGCAGCAGACUCUGGCCGAGGGCCAGCUCCACUGCCUGAACAUACUGAGGAGUGUACAGUUUCUACACGUCAACCCUCGCUCAAGGCUGUGCCGCAAAGCAAUUUCUCUCGCCCUUUCAGCCGCUCAUCGAGUACCCGAACCAUUCAGUCGGCCCAGAAAGUACAGACAAAAGGCGAAAUCAAGGUAUCUGAAAACGAAGGACAAACUGAGGAUCUCUCAACAAUAUCCAUGCCCAUCCGAAGUAUAUCGGCUAGCGACAGGACCUUAUCACCCAUGCGUCUCCGGUAUAGCAAUACGCCCCGAAUACCCGAGUCUCCAACUCCUCCUCCAAGGGCUUGCAAUCCCUCGAUAAAGCGGAUAUGGACCCAAGACCAGUAUCGUCGAUAUUCGGCUCGGCGCCCGACAGUAAAAGCCAAGCCUGCUCAAUUCCGAUCAUUGCGCACGGCUCGGGAGUCCCGAUACAACAACGAGAAUGCGCGAAACCAUGAGCACGAUGACAUGAUGGAUGAGUACCACGCGAUGCAAGAAGGCCCAGGCACGAUGUCGAGCAAGCAGAUGGUGGAGAUGUUCCUGGAUAGUCGCCGGCGCCAGAUGGGGUUGGCGGAGAACUCCGAUGGGGAGAGCACAGUGACUGGAGAGGCGUUUAUGUAG